AGUGGGGAGGAGGGGUGAGAAAGAGGGCGAGAGGGAGUGAGAGUUAGCGAGAGGAGGGAGAACGGGGGUCGUUGAGAUGGCGAUGGGAAAGUGGAUAAGCCGACCCAUAUGAAGGGAGAUUCAAUUUCUCGCUCUGGAAUCUCUGGCUCGCCUGUCUGUCCGUCACAGGCUCUCUCUCCCCUUCACCUUCACCUUCACACCUAGCUCCUCGUGCUCCCGUUCAAGCAGCUGAAUUGCGAUGCUAAGCAGCCGUUAAAGGCGUAAAUAUUGUUCGAUAUUCCCAACGCCCUAGCUGGAAGUAUUAAUUAAAACAGAAAAAUUCGAAGGCACUAGCAGCAGUCUCAGGGGCAGUGAUGAGAAAUGAUGAUUUAGGGUUGAGAGAAUGCAGGGGUAGAGUGACUCCAGGAGCAUUUCAGUUGAACGUGUAAGAGGUUUCCCACGUCCACAGGCGAGGCAAUAACUGUAUCGCUGCCAUGUAUGGAGCCCUGGGUGCUGCCUGUCACACAGGUCCCGCCGCUGGGCUCCAAACAGCAGCCCUUCCAUCGGCAUCGUCACUUUCAAAUCCUUCCAAGUCUCGAUCAUCUCUCCUUUUGAGAGCCUUAUCCGAAGCUGAUACUUGUUAUUCUACUUCCUCAGGAUACACCGAUAACUGUGAAAUCAGAUCUCAGCAGAAACCUGGGCGGGCUUCUACAUCGUUUCGAUGGUCCAGAUCAAUGAAUGAGUUUGUACAUGGCACCCAGUCAAGCGUUCUGGGUUGCUCUAGCAUAAGAAAACAUUCAUCUCUUCCUUCGUUAUUGCCUGCUCCUUUGAGAUGGAGAUCCUUAAAUCGGAAGCUAAGAUCAAUACAAGAAUCUUCCUUAACAGAGGUAACCAGCGAUGAGACAAAUGAACAUCGACUAGAAGUGACACGGAGGGCAAUAGCUGCUGAUGCUGCUCCCGUGGAUGGAGAAGAAACUCAAGUUAAGCCGCAAGCAGAACUGGCUGAAGAUGAUCCAAUCACUCCAUCGUUGGAGAAAAUCCCAACAUCCUCAACACCACAAGAUAAAAAGGGACAGCUUAAGAACAGGGUAGUUUUUGGGUUCAUCAUAGGCUUCGGUGUUCUAGGUGUAGUUUUGGCUGGUGGUUGGGUUUUCACAACAGCUCUUGCUGCUACAAUUUGGGUGGCCACGGGCGAAUACUUUGAUCUCGUGCAAAGCAAAGCCAUGACUCGUGGUAUGGAAGCACCACCACUUAUCGCGACCAGAAUCUGUUCAGCUAUCUGUGCAGCCAUGCCUUUAAUGACCAUGUACUUUGGUGGACGUGUUGGAAUGGCAGUAACAACAGCGUCAUUUUUGUUGGCUACAGUGCUUCUGCUUCAGCGCGGCCCUCGUUUUUCGCAGCUGUCAAGUGCUAUAUUCGGUUUAUUUUAUUGUGGUUACCUUCCUUGCUUCUGGAUAAAGUUGCGUUGUGGCCUUGCCAUUCCUGCUAUCAAUACCAAAUUCGCCUCAGCGUGGCCUGCGCUGCUCGGAGGACAGGCUCACUGGACAGUGGGCCUGAUAGCUACCAUCAUGGCCAUUAGCACCAUAAUAGCUGCAGAUACAGGCGCUUUUUUGGGGGGAAAGGCAAUGGGUAGAACGCCACUCUCUGAAGUUAGUCCGAAGAAAACUUUAGAGGGUGCAGCUUGUGGCCUAAGUUCAUCAAUUGCUGUAUCCGUGGUGCUUGCUCGCGUUUUUCAAUGGCCCAUGUCUAUUCCCAGCGCGGCGGUGAUGGCGGUACUUGUUUUUCUGGGGUCCCUGUUCGGUGACUUGACGGAGUCCAUGAUAAAGCGAGAUGCUGGUGUUAAGGACUCGGGGAAACUCAUCCCUGGUCACGGGGGCAUAUUGGACCGAGUCGACAGUUACGUAUUCACAGGAGCACUUGUGCAUUCCUUUGUCAAGGUGGGAAUUCCCUUAUUUGGAGUCUAAACAUGUAGACUUUUUCUGAUUUCGUAUUGGCAAGGUUUAGUUUGUUGCCGCUCGCAAGUCUUCAAAGCUAUUGGUUGUUGUCCUUACAAAAGGAUCUUCAGCCCAACAGGCUCAAGUCAGUAGGAAGCGUAGUAUUCUUAUAGAUCCUUUCUUGAAUAGUCCUCUUCCAUUUCUACACUAAUUAUUUGUGGGCUUACCAGAGAUGAAAGCCCCUCGACUUCAGUAGAUUGUCUUUGCGUCCUUGGAUCAGUCAAAACCUUUGCAAAUGUAGUCUACGCAUGAAAUGGUCUUGUAUAAUUAAAUAGUGCAUUUCACUUGUCCGAAGCUCCAAGA